GGAAAUGUCCAAGGCCAGGCUGGACAGGAACUGAGAUAACGUGAGGUGCCCCUGCCUAUUUGAGGAGAUGGAACUGAGUGAUCUUUAAGGUCCCUUCCAACCCAAAUUACUUUGCAAUUCUUGUCCAAAGAGGCAUGAACACACAUUCUGAUGAACAAUGCAUGGUCACAAGCUGGUUAUAUGGAGAGCUACAUUAAUUACUCCCUCAGUUCUCCAAACAAGUAUCUGGCCUGCAGGAAAAAAAUCUUGGCUUCAGCUUUUAUCCAGAUGGAGCAUAUGGUCAAAAUGGGGUCAAAAUAUGAUUUUUCCUCACAACAUUCUGGGGACAUGCAGUUGGGGCCAUUGGUCCAUAAACAAGUGUUUGCACAAAAGGUAUGAGGGAAAGUCUGAUGAAUCCAAGUGGAUUUAUUCCCAUUUGUGUAAUAAAAUACACCAGGAUAGCACCAGCUAGGGUCCAGUGAUGCAGAGAAUAGGCAAUUACUGUCUCUACCCCUUUUGUGAAUUUGGAAGGGAGAAGGAUAAAUUACUGACUAUAAUUUUAGGGGACAUUGACAGUUUUGGAGGUGCAGCCAGGAAUAUGAGUAGCCACAGGUUCUUAUGGAGACAGAAAUAGGAACCAAUUAAUUUGACCAUGGAUUCAUACUCAAAUGUGAAUAGAGCAGAUGAAAAACUCUGACAUUCCUGUAAACCAUGAACGAAGCCCAGAAUUUCCAAAUGUUACUAUUCCAGUUUAAUAAGAAUGUGUAAAAAAAUACCCAAACAAACCAUGAAUGAAGCAAACACAGAGUCUGUUACACAAUAUUCAUUCUUUUUGACCGUGAAAAAACAGCUGAUAGACUUUGGAACCCAAAGCAACUUCAAGAAGGCAUUGAAAAGCCCUUAAAUCAUUGUAAAGCAUGAUAGCAUUGCUACUGUAAUGGUGUUAAAAAAAAGAAGGGAAGGAAACAUGAAUAAAUCAUAAAGGUAUUGAUACUGGAGAUCUCUGUAUGAUGUUUUAGUUAAAAUAGCUAAAAAUGAGCUCACAAGAGAGGAAUCCCUGGAGGGAUGUUACCUGCUGGCUGCACAGAUGUGUUUAGCUCUAGUCUGAAACGAGCCAUUUGUGUAUUAGCAAAGACAACAAUCAUUUAAAAAUGAUUAACAAUGUUGACUGAGUGAGUGUCUUUGAAAGAGCAUCUCGGACUUCCUGACUUGCAUGGUUCAUGUCCCAGCUUUAAUGUGGUAUUAAUAUAAAAGCGGAAGACCAAGAAAGUGCGUGAAAAGGAAGAUAACCAAACAUUAAACUGAUCUUUCAGCAAAUUAUGAAACUUAAAGGAGAAAUUGAGGAAGAAUGAGAGCUGUGGGAAGGAUUUCCUGGGGUCAGACUAGUUCAGCUCUGCAGACUUUUCCCCUGUGGGAGUCUGUGGGACAGGCACUCUCAGGAAUGCUGGCUUCUUUGGCAGCAGAUCUAUUUCAUGCCCAAAGGAAGUAUUUAAAGCUUUUAGCACCUGAGGAAUGCAAAUUGCUCCAAGCGACAGCAUAUGCCAUGUUCUUCAUUUGUCCAGUAACUUCACUGUUACAGAAUCAAUGCCUAAAAUAGCUUCCUGUAAAAGUAGAUCUGUUUGAGAAGAUUAAAGUUCCCUUCCCUGUGGGGCAAAAACUUUUUAAUGUGAGAAGAAUGACUUGGAAUCUGCAGUUAGAAAAUCUGGCUGAUGGAGACCCUGGGGUCUGUGGCACAAUGGCUUCAUACAGCGCGCCAGGCUUUUCUUGGAGCAAAAACUGUUUGCAGAGUGGCUCCCAACAGCUCCCAGGCUGUGCAGAGCCCUGACUUAUCAUCCUUUUACAGCCAGGACAGCAGAGCAGCGUGGAAACAGGACAAAGCAGUAGGGGCAGAUUUUCAAGUUUUCUCUUUGUAAGGUGCCAAAUGAAGCUUCAGUGGUGUCUGCUGAAAGCCUCCUCUGUCCCGUUAGGAAGAGACACGGAAUUCCCCAGCAGCCAUCGCCUGGACACUUCACGUGGCCACGCUGCUCUUGCCAGCAGCGUGGGACAGCUGCAACACUUCAUGAGCCAACUCUUGAAGAAUUCCCAUGGAUGAAAGCACUCCAAACAGCACACGGUUUUUAUGACAUUCCCUCCUGGCCUCUCCUGACAUCCAGUCUUGGCUGCAGCUUCCUACUUACCCGCAACUGCCAGUGUGUCUUAUCCAGAGCUAUUUCCAACCAGCAUCUGAGGUCAGCAGCACCCUCCCCGGCUUGGCAUCCACUCUGGGGGCACCAACACUCCCACGGUGUGUGAGACAGGGCUCUGCUGAGGCUGGGUGCUCAGAGCAGCCCUCUCUGCUCUCCCUGGGGCAGAAAGCUGGGCCAGCUGCACACCAGGAGCUGCAGGCUAGGAGGACUCAGUGCACCGAAGGAGAACCACCCUGGCUGGUGAUGGCAGCAAGGCCUGAGGAGCAGCGUGGGACGAUGUCGGAGGCGCGACACGACAGCACCAGCAGUUUACAGCGGAAGAAGCCACCAUGGUUAAAACUGGACAUCCCGGUGCCGGCGCCCCUGCCUGUGCCAGAAGAGCCCAUUCAGCCUGUGCAGCCGACGCGGCGCCAGGCAUUCCUGCGGAGCGUGAGCAUGCCGGCCGACAACAGCCGCGUGCCGUCACUGCCCCACGACCCCGCCAGGAGACCGGUGCUACAGCGACAGACCUCAAUCACCCAGACCAUCAAGAGCAGGCAGGUUCGGUUUCAGAGGAGUCAGACCCUGCCCGCUCGUGGGCACCGGGGGGGCAGGAGCUCCCUGAGAAAGCGGCAGUCCCUGCCCCGAUCGUUUUUCAGAGGCACGGCAGACUGGUUUGGGGUGAGCAAAGACAGCGAUGCCACUCAGAAAUGGCAGAGGAAGAGCCUCCGCCACUGCAGCCUGCGCUACGGGAAGCUCAAGCCUCAGGUCAUCCGGGAGAUGGACUUGCCCAGUCAGGACAAUAUUUCUCUGACAAGCACAGAGACCCCUCCUCCCCUCUACGUGGGACCCUGCCAGCUGGGCAUGCAGAAGAUCAUCGACCCCCUGGCCCGGGGGCGGGCGUUCCGGAUGGCGGAGGACACGGACGGCUGCAGCAUGCCCCACACGCCCAUCACGCCGGGGGCCACGUCCCUCUGCUCCUUCACCAGCUCCCGCUCGGGCUUCAACCGGCUCCCGCGGCGCCGCAAGCGCGAGUCCGUGGCCAAAAUGAGCUUCCGAGCGGCCGCCGCGCUGGUGAAGGGCCGCUCUGUGAAGGACAGCACCCUGAGGAGGGCCCAGCGGCGCAGCUUCACCCCUGCCAGCUUCCUGGAGGAGGACACGGUGGAUUUCCCAGAUGAGCUCGACACUUCCUUCUUUGCUCGGGAAGGAGUCCUUCACGAGGAGCUCUCCACUUACCCGGAUGAAGUGUUCGAGUCACCAUCAGAAGCUGCAAUCAAAGAUGCUGAGGUGAAACCUCCAGAUCAGACAGAUCUCACAGGAGGUGCCUUGGACAAAAAUGAGCUUGAAAGAAGCCACUUACUACUCCCCCUGGAGCGAGGCUGGAGGAAGCAGAAGGACGGGGGCCUGGCACAGCCCAAGGUGCGCUUGCGGCAGGAGGUGGUGAGCGUGAGCCCCCAGAAGCGAGGCCAGCGCAUCGCUGUCCCUGUGAGGAAGCUCUUUGCCAAGGAGAAGAGGCCCUAUGGGCUGGGCAUGGUGGGCAAGCUGACCAACAGGACCUACCGCAAGCGCAUCGACAGCUACGUCAAGCGGCAGAUCGAGGACAUGGAUGACCACAGGCCUUUCUUCACUUACUGGGUGACCUUUGUGCAUUCACUCAUCACCAUCCUCGCUGUGUGCAUCUACGGCAUCGCCCCUGUGGGGUUCUCACAGCAUGAAACUGUUGAUUCAGUUUUGCGAAACAGAGGGGUUUAUGAAAAUGUCAAAUAUGUUCAGCAGGAAAACUUCUGGAUCGGCCCCAGCUCAGAGGCCCUGAUCCACCUGGGGGCCAAGUUCUCCCCGUGCAUGAGGCAGGACCAGCAGGUGCACAGCUUCAUCAGCGCCAAGCGGGAGAAGGAGAAGCACUCGGCGUGCUGCGUGCGCAACGACAAGUCAGGCUGCGUGCAGACCUCGGAGGAGGAGUGCUCAUCCACGCUGGCUGUGUGGGUGAAGUGGCCCCAUCACCCCAGCACUCCGAUGCUGGCAGGAAACAAGAGGCAGUUUGGCUCUGUUUGUCAUCAGGACCCCAGGGUGUGUGAGCAGCCAGCCUCGAUGGAGCCGCACGAGUGGCCAGAUGACAUCACCAAGUGGCCGAUCUGCACAAAAAACAGUGCUGGGAAUUACACCAACCACCUCCACAUGGACUGUGUGAUUACGGGCCGGCCCUGCUGCAUUGGGACCAAGGGAAGGUGUGAAAUAACCUCCCGGGAGUAUUGUGAAUUUAUGCGGGGCUACUUCCAUGAGGAGGCAACGCUCUGCUCUCAGGUGCACUGCAUGGAUGAUGUCUGUGGGCUCCUUCCUUUCCUAAAUCCAGAAGUCCCUGACCAGUUCUACCGCCUCUGGCUCUCGCUUUUCCUCCACGCUGGGAUCCUGCACUGUCUGGUUUCAGUCUGUUUCCAAAUGACGAUCCUGCGGGACCUAGAGAAGCUGGCAGGAUGGCACCGCAUCUCUAUCAUCUACCUUCUCAGUGGCAUCACUGGGAACCUUGCCAGUGCAAUAUUUCUACCCUACAGAGCAGAGGUUGGCCCUGCAGGAUCCCAGUUUGGAAUUCUGGCCUGUCUCUUUGUGGAGCUCUUCCAGAGUUGGCAAAUCCUGGCACGCCCAUGGAGGGCCUUCUUCAAGCUGCUGGCUGUGGUGCUCUUUCUUUUCGCCUUUGGCCUCCUGCCUUGGAUUGAUAAUUUCGCUCACAUUUCAGGAUUUAUCAGUGGUUUCUUCCUCUCCUUUGCCUUCCUGCCCUACAUUAGCUUUGGGAAGUUUGAUUUAUAUAGGAAACGAUGCCAAAUUAUAGUUUUCCAGCUCAUCUUCAUUGCACUCUUCUCAGGACUGGUGAUUCUGUUCUAUUUCUACCCCAUCAAAUGCGAGUGGUGCGAGUUCCUCACUUGUAUACCCUUCACAGACAAAUUCUGCGAGAAAUACGACCUGGAUGCACAGCUCCACUGACAGCAAAGACUGGCUUCUCGAGCAGGCCCUGGAGAUGGACUGUCUUUGCAUUUGCUGUGCCAGUUCCAUGGGGACAAAGCCUCUAAUCCAGUGACACUUCUAACCCUGCCCAUGGUUAAUUUAAACUGUCUCCUUAGCACUUGGCAGGCAUGGUUUGCCUUAUCUCAGAAGACUCUGAAAAACAGAAUGUUUGUGCCUUGUUCAAUUGUAUUGAACCUUUUCUGCUGCCAUUAUUUUUAUUACACUAGUUUCAAUACUACAUUUUUAACCAGAGUUGUUUACUACUGCUAAGGUGGUGAUUAAAUGGUGAGGUAGCGUUUUAGCUACUGUGAAUUGUU